AUGUCUUACCGCCCUGAUGAAUCCAAUGACCAGAUCUAUGCUGAGGGCGCAUGGCUACAGGGCGCUAUCGUUACUGGCGUCCUUUACGGCGUGGUGAUCGUCUUGUCUGCCAUGUGUUGGCGCUCCCUCUGGCCCCGCGCUCAAUCCCAUGGCACUGGCUACAAGAAAAACAGAUUCUUUUUAUUCUAUGUCGCUUUCCUCUUUGUGGUUGGUACGAUAUAUGUGGCGUUCAACUCGCAGAUAACGCAGAUGGGAUUCAUCGACAAUCGUUUAUAUCCCGGAGGUCCUGGUGCAUACGAGGAGGCGACCUCCUCACCUCCACUUAACACUGCUUUCGUGGUUUCGGAUUGGUGUGCAGACUUAUUGAUGAUCUGGCGGUGUACGGUAGUGUACAAAAAUACCAGAAUCUACUACGUUAUCGUUGGACUUGGAUCUACCCUGUUCCUCGGAGCUCUCGUCACUGGAACUCUCUGGCUAGUCAUUGUCUCAACACCAGCACAAUCCGAAAGCGGUUGGAUGUCCUUCAGCUUGCUCUUUCCAUAUCUCUGCUUCUCCCUCGUUAUCAAUAUCUUCAUCAGCCUCCUCACUGUCCUGCGCCUCCUAUACCACCGUCGCCGAAUAUCCAGAGUCCUAGGCUUAGGCCACGGCGCGAUCUACGCCAGUUUCGCAUCCAUCAUUAUCGAAUCCGCCGCCAUCUACUCGAUAUGCUCGCUCCUUUACCUCAUACCGUAUACCCUCAACAACCCGAUCUCAUAUGCAUUCAUGCAAUUACUGGGCGAGGCGCAGGUCAUUGCCCCGCUCCUUAUUAUCUACCGCGUCUCAGAGGGCAAGGCCUGGACGAAUCACUCCACCACCCUAAUGGAAGAAAGCGCCAUCCGGUUGCGGCGGCCGUCGGACUUCCCCAAGCCCUCGCCCCCGUCCGCUCCAUUGAAUGUUGAGAUUUCCUUUCACCAAGAAAUCACCCGCGACGACUCAAUACGCUCUCCCAAGUCGUCACACCCGAUGGAGCCUACCGAAGCUCACGCGAAUCACGAUCCUUUUGGCAGAGCGGUAUGAGACCCGCGGGGGUGGCCUAAAUUAUACGUGCAGUUACGCUAUCUUGACAAUGCUUUCGUCGCAACGCUUUCACAAGAUCUGGUUGUCUUGGAGUUCAUAGUUAGCAUCUUGUAUACCCACUCUCCCCCCACUCCACUCUAAUUCGGGGCGUCUUCGACAUAAUGGAAGAGUUUUUUUGACACAGCAAAAACGACUGCCGACUUAGGUAGUCCAUUGCCCAUACGGGACGUUUACAAAAAAAAUCAAGAACCCAAACUCUAAUGGCGACGGCAGUUAACAAAGUACAUAUACGCAUAGACUUCCGUGUUUCCCCUCUUAUGACCGUAAUAGUAUGAUCAGACAUUAAGGUACAAUCCAGCAUCCUUCCUGUCCUUCGUCAUGGCUAAAAAAUGACAUGAGCAUAAGUUUACGGAGAAACUGAUACGAUAACAGAUCACGACACUGACCUGCAAUAAUCGCAC